UUCCGCGGAAGCAGGAGGAACCGAGCGGCCCGGAGCUGAAGCUAAAAUGAUGCACUUGCUCUUACGCUCGGUUGCUGGCUGCUGGCCUUCAUUCCUCCCUCAUCACUCUCCACUCACACGGGCGAGUUUCUCCAAGGCCGUCUUUUACAGAAAAAUGUCUCAUUACCUGACGGAAGAGAGAGGCCGCCCGAACUCACCUGACUUCCGGAUUUAUUUUAAAACCUCACAUGGGAAAUACAUUUCUCCGUUCCACGACAUCCCGCUCUACGCACUUGAGCAACAGGAGAAUGAAAUACUAAAGAAGAAACAGAAACGCUCUGACAGUGAGAUUCUCUUCAACAUGGUCGUGGAGGUUCCUCGCUGGUCAAAUGCCAAGAUGGAGAUAGCCACGAAGGAAGCGCUAAACCCCAUUAAACAGGACGUGAAGAAAGGCAAACUGAGAUAUGUGGCCAACGUUUUCCCACAUAAAGGCUACAUCUGGAACUACGGCGCUCUGCCGCAGACCUGGGAGGAUCCCAAUCACACAGAUAAAGACACCAACUGCUGUGGAGACAACGACCCCAUAGAUGUGUGUGACAUCGGCACCAGGGUGUGCUCCUCUGGUCAGGUGAUCCAGGUGAAGGUGCUCGGGAUUCUGGCCCUGAUUGAUGAAGGAGAGACAGACUGGAAAGUUAUCGCCAUCAACGCUGAAGAUCCCGACGCUAAUAAACUUCACAGUAUUGAGGACGUCCGUGUGAACAGACCCGGUCAUCUGGAGGCGACGAUAGAUUGGUUCAGGAGAUAUAAAAUACCUGACGGGAAACCCGAGAACCAGUUUGCCUUUAAUGCACAAUUCAAGGACAAGGACUUUGCUGUGGAGGUGAUUAAAUCCACACACAGCUGUUGGAAAGCUCUGGUUCUUAAACAGACGACAUGUGGAGAGAUCGUGUGUCAGAACUGGUCGGUGUGUGAGAGCCCAUUUCAAUGCAGUGAUGCCGAUGCUGCUGCAGUGCUGAGAGCUGCUGCGGAGUAUGGAGAGGCUUUACCACUUCCUCCAGAAGUGGAUAAAUGGCAUUUCCUGUCCCAGUGACCCUGAAAGGUUUGGGCUCCGUCCCAGACCUCACCCAAAACACUGACACCAGUAUUUAUUUGUAGAAAUUUAGAAAUAUGUUCCUAUUUCCCAAUGGACACAGAUCAAAUUCUUUUCAUUAGUGAUUUAGUAUUUCAUCACCUACGUUAUAAAUUUAGAUAAGCAAACUGAAUUUUGUGCCAAAACCAAUUUGGUUUAUAUCUAAAAAAAAAAAAAGAUGGACUGGGGAAAAAAACCCAGGAUUAUUUGUAAAAUUGUAUUUGGUUUAUAAAUAUCAUUAAAAAAGACAUUUACUGACAUCAGAGAAAGGAAUCACAAUCAUCAACAUGAGCACUUGUGUUGAAAUUAACAUCUUUACUUUACAUUUAGAUUUUUUUUUUUCAAAGACACGUCAUAUUAAGAGAAUAUUUAUUUUUCAGAUGCAACAUGUAUGAAAUGGGUGUAAUUUUGGGUGUAACUUUUUAUUUUUGCUAAAUAAAUACACUAUAAAUGUA